UUCUAAGCCAUCUCGCUUGUCCAAAGCUAACAGCGUAUCACAAUGUUUGCUUCGUCGACAGUCGCCUUCGACCAUUCAAUCCUGGCGAUUGACAAGAUAGAGAAGUGUUACUCUUCCCUUGUUUCAAUCGUUACGGUUGUGCAAUGGUCGUGGAAUAUCUUGCUUCGUUUCUCCUUGUUCCCUUAUCAAAUCCCUACACCCAUUGGGGGCGAUGAUUUCAAGCUAGGGAACCGGAAUCACUGCAGCAAGCGAGACGUGGGUGAGGAUGAUGAAGAAGUUGAAUGUGCUAUAUGUUUAUGUAAGAUCGAUGAAGACGAUGAGAUUCCCGAGUUGAGAUGUGACCAUCUUUUCCAUAAAGUUUGCUUGGAUAGAUGGGUAGGACAUCGGCGUACCACAUGCCCUGUCUGCCGCAGAUCUUUAACUCCUCGGCAACUAGUGUCCGGCAUGGAAGUUAUUCUUUUCAAAUAUCGUUCUUUUGAUGAUACCAGCCACCGGGAAACCUGGUGGCUGCGUUAGAUCAUUUUAAUAGCUACCGUGAUAUUGUGGCGGGUUAAGCUUUUUUUACUGUUGAUAUUUACAAAUAAUUAAUUACCAUAACAUUCAUUAUGUGAAAAAAAUCCAUAUUUAAAUCCUUGUAUCGUAUAUUUAUAUAUAUAUAUAUAGAGAGAGAGAGAGAGUCAUGAAAGGGUUCCAACUUUGAACUUUUUAAUGAUUUUGAAGACGUUAGAACAGUAAAAGUGCAUGAGUCAAUAUUGUUGUGAUAAGACCCCCACUUUCCUUCAAUUCUAUGUGUUUGAUUAUUCAUCUCAGAUCAAUUGAAUCAACUCAUUUACUUGUU